UUUUAUUCUUUCGUCAAACUAAAGCAACAAAUUUAAUUCCGUUGAAACUGAAUGCAUUUAGGACAAAGAUCUCUAUGUUCCGAACCAAACACAAGUCGGUGAUAGUCUCUGUUCUCGCAGAUAUUUUAUUAAUUACUAAAAAGAACAAGAGAUCACAAAAAGCAGCCGCCGUUAAUAAUCUUUCACUCCGUUACUUAUUACACUCCCUUCUCCCAGUCAUUCACCACUCUCUCUCUUUCACCUUUUUCUAGGCUUUCACCAUUUUGCUUUAGCAUAGAACUUAGCUUUAGCUCCUUUCUCCGGUAUCCAUUUGCUGCUACGGUAAUGGAACCCUUCACACAUAGGCACUGCUCUUUUACCACAUUGCUUGUUGCAUGCCUGUUUUUCAGCCCAAUAAUGGUGACUUCUCUGGGUAUCAACUAUGGCCAAAUCGCCAACAAUCUUCCCUCGCCGGAAAACGUAAUACCCUUAGUCAAAUCCAUCGGAGCUAGCAGAGUGAAGCUGUACGACGCUGACCCGAAAGUCCUCAAAGCAUUUGCUAAUACCAACAUUGAAUUCAUUGUCAGUCUUGGUAAUGAGUACCUUUCUACUAUGAAAGAUCCAUCCAAAGCUCAAGCCUGGGUUAAAAAGAACGUCCAAGCUUACUUACCUUCCACCAAAAUCAUCUGUAUCGCCGUCGGUAACGAAGUCCUCACAUUUAACGAUACUUCCUUAACCUCCAAUCUCCUCCCUGCUAUGCAAAGCGUUCACACUGCUCUAGUAAACCUCAAAUUAGAUAAGCAAGUAACCGUCACCACCGCACAUUCACUUGCUGUUCUAGAAUCUUCCUACCCGCCUUCCGCCGGAGCAUUUCGUAAGGAUCUCGUCGAUUGUGUGACUCAGAUCGUCGACUUCCAUUGUAAAACUGGAUCGCCUUUUUUAAUAAAUGCGUAUCCUUACUUUGCUUACAAGGGAAAUCCGAAGCAGGUGUCACUGGAUUUUGUUCUGUUUCAGCCUAAUUCUGGUAUUGUUGAUCCGAAGUCCAAUCUCCACUACGAUAACAUGCUUUUCGCUCAGAUCGAUGCUGUUCACUCAGCUUUAGCUUCGAUUGGGUACAAAAACGUGUGCGUACAGAUCUCGGAGACGGGAUGGCCGUCAAAGGGAGACGCCGACGAGGCCGGAGCUACACCGGAGAAUGCUAGGAAGUACAACUGUAAUCUAAUAAAGCUUAUUGGUCAGAAAAAAGGAACGCCUAUGAGGCCUAACUCCGAUUUGAAUAUAUACGUGUUUGCCUUGUUCAAUGAGAACCUCAAGCCUGGUCCUAGCUCGGAGAGGAAUUAUGGCCUCUUCAAUCCCGAUCGAUCUCAGGCCUACCCCUUAGGUGUCCCGGCAGUCGACGCCUUCAGUAAAAAUAGCAGCAGCUCCGGUGGUGGUUCUGGAGCUGGCACCGGUGCCACGUCGUCAGCGUCAUUGCCCCCAGCAAGUUCCUCCUCCGGCUAUCUUGCCAUUACUUCCGAUUCAGGAACAAUUCUUUCCAGCUGCAAGUCCUUGUCUCUCUACCUUUUGGGUUUUAUUUCAUUGGCUCUCCAAUUUUGACAUUUGAGCUUUGGACUAUGGAUAUUUCAGUCGAAAGAUAGUAGUCUAGUUUCUGCCCAGUCCCCAGUGUGCAUGGAGGAGAACUGCCGUCAACUUUGUAAUAGCUAUUUAUCAUAACCUUAGAGCCAGUAGUCUUUGUAUUCUUUGAUUAUUUUGUUCGACCCCUAGCGGCAACUUGGGUUAUGGCAUUAGGUUUACUAUCAUCCUAUUCAUCUGUCAGAUUUUAUGGCUGGUUUCUCCUAGUUUAGCUGUCAUUGAAUUUUCAGUUUAAUGAGUUGUCCCUUCGUCCUA